AUGACUCUUGUCCAUAUUGUUCUCUUCAAGUUCCGCGCCGAUGUUGCCGACAAAGUGAAGCAAGAAUUCCUGACGCAAAUCAAGACUCUCAAGUCUCUUCCCUGUGUCAAAAGCCAAAGACUUGUUGUUGGAGGUCCCUCUAUUACAACUCCAAUCGAAAAGAGCAAAGGCUUCGAGUACGCUCUCGUGAGUUAUCACGAAGAUCGCGCUGCAUUGGCCGAAUAUCAAGCAAGCAGCGAGCACGAAAGAGUGACGGGUACAUAUUUCAUCCCUUACAAGGAGGAUCUGAUUCGGUUUGACUUUGAGACGGAACACGCCGAUGAGGCUGUCCUAGGAUUCUGA